UUAAAAUUUUAUAUCUUUGUUGUUACAUCAGAAUUUGUUUAAUGUUUUUUCUUUUCUUUUCUUUUUGUUUUUUUUUUUUUUUUUUUUUUUUGCUUUCCACAUAUGAUCAUCAUGUGAAAGACAAGACGACCAUUUUGGUGUUCAUUAUCAUUGCUGUAUCUUUUUGGUGGAAAUGGAGGACUCACAAACGCGAGAAGAAGAUCAUAACUACGAUGACCAACAAAAAAGGGAAAAAGAUUUUAAAAUUGACAAGGGAGGAUGAUAUGAUUGAGGAUGAUAUUAAACUUGAAGAGCUACCUCUUUAUGAUUUUGAGAAGCUGGCAAUUGCAACCAACAAUUUUGAUAUAAAUAACAAACUCGGGCAAGGCGGCUUUGGUCUAGUGUAUAAGGGAAAUUUAUUAAAUGGACAGGAAAUAGCAAUAAAGAGGCUUUCAAGAGCCUCCAACCAAGGGUAUGAAGAAUUUAUAAAUGAAGUGAGAGUGAUUUCUAAACUUCAACAUAGAAAUCUUGUACGCCUCUAUGGUUGUUGCAUUGAAGGAGAAGAGAAAAUAUUGAUAUAUGAGUAUAUGCCCAAUCUAAGCUUGGAUGCAUUCAUCUUUGGCUCCGCAAAACAAGAACUUUUGGAUUGGAGAAAGAGAUUUAAUAUUAUUGAUGGAAUUGCUCGAGGUCUUCUUUACCUUCAUAGGGAUUCUAGAUUGAAAAUCAUUCAUAGAGAUCUCAAAGCAAGUAAUAUUUUAUUAGACAAAGAUUUGAAUCCUAAAAUUUCAGAUUUUGGCAUGGCAAGAAUUUUUUGUGGUAAUGAAGCUCAGGCGAACACUUUAAGAGUUGUUGGAACUUAUGGAUACAUGUCUCCUGAGUACGCAAUGCAAGGUCAAUUUUCAGAGAAGUCAGAUGUAUUUAGCUUUGGAGUUUUAUUGCUUGAAAUUAUCAGCGGGAGACGAAAUACAGAGUUCUACCACCAUGAAGAAGCCAUAAGCUUAUUGGGAUUUGCAUGGAAAUUAUGGAUGGAAGACAAUCUUAUUACUAUGAUUGAACCAACAAUAUAUGAAUCGUGUUAUCAACAAGAAAUUUUGAGAUGCAUUGAAGUGGGGCUCUUAUGCGUACAAGAAUUUGUAAAUGAUAGGCCAAAUAUCUCCACUAUUAUUUCAAUGCUCAACGGUGCAAUUGUAGAUCUUCCUUCUCCAAAGGAACCUGGCUUUGUUGGUAGACCAUAUGAAAAAAACAUAGAUUCGUCUCAACAAAAUUUAGAUAAGUAUUCUAUAAACAGUGUUACAUUCACUACAAUUAUAGCUCGAUAGUACAUUAGGUUAUGAAGGAUCUUAGGUUAUGCAAUUUUGCCUUCUGAAGGAUCUUUCAGUUUAUGAGGAACAAUUAAUCUUUUAAUUAAAUGAACUGAUGUAAAAUUUGGUGGGUAAUCCCUAACACGGAUAUAACCUGUCAACAAUGCCACCUAUAUAUAUGAAUACAACUGCUCCCAUUUCAUAUAUAUACAUAUAUCGAUUUUUGUUGGGCUUGAAGGGCCCAAACUAGGCCCAAGAUUGUGAUUAAUGAAAGGGAAUGAGGUCUGGCUUGGAAGAAGUGGCUGUAAAGAAGCCACAUAGCUGGUGACAAGAUAGAGGAAGCUUCGUCCCUCUUUUCUUCUUUUAUCCUUGUUAGUGGAAUUCUAUUCUGAUUAGAAAAGUAAAGUGGAAAAACUUCUCAGACUCUCUGUUGAUUACUUCCUAAAACUUCUCUAACUUGUAAUUCAUAUGGUUGUGCAAAUUGAUUGAGAGAAUUGUGCAUGGAUGAACAGAGAAAUAGAAGAGGAUGGAGAUGAGAGAAUAUUGCAAGCAGAUGUAUAUGGUUUGGCAAGAUGCCUACAUCCACGGGAGAAAAAGAAUUCUUUUAUUCUUGGAGGAAUUUUACACAGAUAAGUCUCUAACUCUCACACUCUAAUUUUCUUACUGAUAAGAAUUCUUUAUAUAGAGAAGGAUGGUACAUGAUUAGUGAGUCUAGAAGUGUAUGUAAAUGUUGUUUUCUCUCUAGAUGUUACAGACUUUACAUUCCAUCUUGAAAACAACAUUUAAGGUGUUAAAUGGAUUGUUUCUUCUCCUGACUUUCUUUCUGUCAUCCGUUGUCAGGUAGCUCGAAGCUGAUGAUGUCUAGACAUUUCUAGAGCUUGAGCCGAGGGACUAAUUUGGUGAGCAUGUCCGAGCCAUACGCCAGAUCUAGCCGUUGUGCAGCUCAUGUUCAUAAAUUGAGUUUGUCCAUGCCUGAAGUUCAUGUUCAUUAACAAAUCUUGUUUUGACGGAAAAAUCAGAGAGUAAAUUUUUCUGGAGGAAGAAAGAAGAGAGAUCGAAAUGGUGUCCUUUUUGCAGUCCUUCAUUGACCCAAAGAAGAAGAUUGGGGAUUCAUCGCCAGAUCGACCCAAUGCCUCCAUAAUUAUGUGCUGUUGCUUGGUGUGUCAAGCUGAAUGCUAUUGCCUGUGCAUCUGAGACAUGUGCGAGAAUUCCAAGUUCCAAUGCAAACCCACCAUUUUGGAUCCCCAUUCACAUUGUGAUUCCAGAGCGACCGACAGAGUGUGUCGUGUUUAACGUCAUUGUAGAUGUAUAUACGCAAGGAGAGAUCGACGUAAUUCGGACCCAAUGGGCAAGUUUUGUUGGCCGAUUUGUGUAAGGAUAUAAUUCUUGUUUUUUGUCUCAAUAAAAUGUAAAUGCUAGCUUAGAAUGAAUGUAAAUGUAAUGGAUUGGAAGGAAAAUAUUGAUGGGCUUGCCAUGCAAAUAUUCUUGUUCUGGUAUUGUUUUGCAAAUUUUGGUGGAUAAAUUCAUAGGUGGAAGACAAAUAUUGAUGGUCUCGCCAUGCAAAA